AUGUCCCGUUCGACUAGAUUCGAUACGAAAAAAGUAAACUCCGAACUAGUCAAUCUAACUUAUGGCACCCUUGUAGCCCAAAUGGUCAAAGAUCUGGACAAUCCGGACGAUGUUAGCAAACAACUGGAUCGUAUCGGCUACAACAUAGGCAUACGCCUUAUAGAAGAUUUCCUAUCGAAAACUGGCACGGCCCGUUGUCUAGAUCUCAAAGAUACUGCCGAUAAAAUCCAAACUGCUUUUCGUCUGUACCUCGGAGUACAACCCAAUGUAGUCAAUUGGAGCCCUGCUGGAGACGAGUUUUCCUUCAUCCUGGAUAGUAAUCCACUUACGGAGCUUGUUGAGCUGCCUGAAAACCUCAAACAACUCAAAUAUAGCAAUGUUAUUUGUGGAGCUAUAAGAGGUGCUUUGGAAAUGGUGCAGUUGGAUGUGCAAAGUUGGAUUGUGCAAGAUCAGUUGAAAGGUGAUCAAAAUACUGAGAUUAGAGUAAAAUUCAUUAGACGACUCGAAGAUGCAAUGCCAGCAGGAGAAGAUUAG